AAAUUCUCAUCCAGGUAUAUGGUGCUCUCACUGUGUUGAUGUUGAUCAAUAGAUAGAAGGGAAAAAAUCAUCUUCCAUCUCACUUUAGCAUUUACUAAUGAUGACAAAGCAAUUUUGUUUUGUAAAAAAAAAACAUAAAGACAAGAACUUUUACUGUUCUCUUUUUGAAAUUAUUAAGUGACAAAAAUUAUUAUUCUCCAGAGUAUGGAUGGUAAAAUGCCACAUGACAUGGAACCAUUAUCACCAGGUCCAUGUCUAGACAUAAGCGAUGAUGAGCUAGUGUCAAUAUCAGUACGUGAUUUAAAUCGUCAAUUAAAAUUACGUGGUUUAACUCGUGAUGAAAUUGUUCGAAUGAAACAACGUCGUAGAACAUUAAAAAAUCGUGGAUAUGCAGCAAGUUGUAGAAUAAAACGUAUUGAACAAAAAGAUGAAUUAGAAACUGAAAAAACACAAGAAUACAGAGACAUGGAAGCAAUGCAAGAAGACAAUAACCGAAUGAGAGAAGAAGUUCAAGCUUGGCAUGGAAAAUAUCAAGCAUUAAAAAAAUUUGCAAUGGAAAGAAAAAUUGUUAUUCCUCCAGAAUUACAAACAAUGUAA